AUGGCCGGGUCGUCAAAGAUGACAAGAAGAACUUCCAGCAACCCCAAUCCCAACGCUUCUCCAGCCGAUGAGCCAUUAUUAUAUGAUUCAUAUGACGAUCUUGACCUUGUUUCUAGCAAGGACAGACAACGCAGUAAAUCAAAAGAGUCUGUAUCGCAACCUGGCUCAGAGGUUGGUCUGGGAAAAGACCUUGGGAACAUGGUGCUCCUGGUGUUUCUAUACCUUUUGCAAGGAGUUCCUCUCGGUCUCUCUAUGGGAAGUGUUCCUUUUUUGCUCAAGUCUAAACUCGGAUUUGGGGAUCUUGCGUUAUUCUCGCUAUCUUCUUAUCCCUAUUCACUCAAGUUGCUGUGGUCUCCUAUUGUGGAUUCGACAUAUAACAAGUCAAUUGGCCGUCGCAAGUCAUGGAUCGUUCCUAUUCAAGCAAUCCUUGGAAUCUCAUUACUGGUUCUAGGAGGGUACAUUGAUCCAAUUCUUGCCCAGGAUAAACUACCUCUUGGAAUGCUUGCUACGGUAUUCACUUUCAUGGUGUUUUUGUGUGCGACUCAAGGUAUCAGAUUACGUGUAUCUACUUUGCAUAUAUACAUUCGUGAUGCUAAUGUAUUGCUAAUUACGUACGCAUCAACUGCUCAAACAAUUGGUCUGAACACGGGCUACUUCCUGUCGUUUACUGUAUUUCUAGCUCUGAACUCGCCCGAACUAUGCAACAAGUACUUUCGCUUUGAACCCAUGGAUGUUGGUCUUGUUCAGCUGGGCCCGUACCUUCAGUUUUGGGGCGUAAUGUUUCUCAUAUGUAAUGCAUGGCUAGUUUUUAUUAAGAAGGAGGCUAUUGAACUUACAGAUGUUAGUGAGAUUAAAGAGGUCUAUCACACCAUGGUCAAGAUCAUUAUGCUUCCUCAUAUGAAAACAUUUAUUGCCGUUUUACUCGUGGCAAAGCUUGGCUUUGUGGCAAACGAUGCUGUGACUGGACUAAAACUUUUGGAAAAAGGCUUUAGCAAAGAGGAUCUUGCAUUGGCAGUGCUUAUUGACUUUCCAUUUCAAAUCGUUUUUGGAUACUAUGCUGCUAAAUGGAGUAAUGGAUCGCGUCCAUUAAAACCGUGGCUUUGGGCAUUUUAUGGACGAUUAUUUGCUGCCUUUUUGGGCAUGGUAAUGGUAUAUUUUGUACCCCAGACUGGCAUCACAACAUCGUUCUUUACCAUUGUCAUUAUUGGAACAGUAUUUUCAUCUUUUAUGAGCGUUCUUCAAUUUAUUGGAAUGGGUAGUUUUUUUACCAAAAUUAGCGACCCAGCCAUUGGUGGAACAUACAUGACACUGCUGAAUACUUUGAGCAACUUGGGUGGUACAUGGCCAAAAUACUUUGUUCUCAAGGCGGUUGAUUACUAUACAGAUGCACCUUGCAAUGUGACUGAUACUGCUGGUUUAGAAAUUAAAUGCAUGGACGAUCCAGCCAAGAAUCUUUGCAAAAGUCUGGGAGGGCAAUGUGAUUACCGAUCUGACGGGUACUAUAUCGUCAACAUUGGAUGCAUGGUGAUCGGUGUAGCGAUACUAUUUUUGUUUAUCAAGCCCAACAUCAAGUAUCUGGAGAAACUACCAGAUCGUGCAUGGCGUGUUAUCAAGAGUAAGAACUGAUUCUUUGUGGGAUGUUGGUAGUGUGGAGGGACUGUAUUUCCAAAACAAGAUUAGGGAUAAAUAUGAUUUUAUCUUACACCAUAUCUGAGCCUUUUAAAUACAAGUAUGGGUAUUGCUGUGGGUAUAUUUUAUUGC